AUGUGGAAGUUGAAGGUUGCUGAAGGAGGUAGUCCGUGGCUCCGAAUGUUAAACGGUCACAUAGGGCGAUAUGUAUGGGAGUUUGAUCCGAAUCUCAGGUCUCCGAAAGACCUGGAAGAGAUUGAGAAGUUUCGCGCAGAGUUUUAUAAAAAUCGUUUUGAGGCUAAACACAGCUCUGAUCUUCUUAUGCGCUAUCAGUUUUCAAAGGAGAACCCCGUUGGUACAAUUCUGCCCCGAGUUCAAGUUAAAGAUAUUGGAGAUAUAACAGAAGAUAAUGUAGCCACCACGUUGAGAAGAGCCAUCAGUUUUUAUUCUACUGUACAAGCUCAUGAUGGUCAUUGGGCAGCAGAUUGUGGAGGACCAAUGUUUCUAUUGCCUGGUUUGGUUAUUGCUUUAUCUGUUACUGGGGCACUGAAUGCAGUGUUAUCCGAAGAGCAUAAGCGAGAGAUAUGUCGUUAUCUCUACAAUCAUCAGAACUGUGAUGGUGGGUGGGGUUUGCAUAUUGAAAGCCAUAGUACCAUGUUUGGUUCAGUUCUGAGCUAUGUUACUCUGAGGUUGCUUGGUGAAAAGGCUAAUGGUGGAGAAGGGGCAAUGGAGAAGGGCCGCAAAUGGAUUUUGGACCAUGGUACUGCCACUGCAAUAACCUCGUGGGGGAAAAUGUGGCUCUCAGUGCUUGGAGUAUUUGAUUGGUCUGGGAACAAUCCACUUCCUCCAGAGAUGUGGCUUCUUCCUUAUAUCCUUCCAUUUCAUCCAGGAAGGAUGUGGUGCCAUUGUCGUAUGGUUUAUCUGCCAAUGUCCUACUUAUAUGGUAAACGGUUUGUUGGACCGAUCACACCAACAGUCUUAACUUUGAGAAAGGAGCUCUUCACAGUCCCUUAUCAUAAAAUAAACUGGAAUAAAGCACGCAAUGAAUGUGCAAAAGAAGACCUCUACUAUCCUCACCCUCUACUACAGGACAUCCUUUGGACAUCUCUUGACAAACUCAUCGAACCUUUGUUUAUGCAUUGGCCUGGGAAAAAGUUGAGGGAAAAAGCUCUUAGCACAGUAAUGGAUCACAUACAUUAUGAAGAUGAAAAUACUCGCUAUAUAUGCUUAGGGCCCGUGAACAAGGUAUUAAAAAAUAACUUCUUUUUAUCUGCUCUAGUUGGUGAUUGA